UCAUAACUCACAAAGUCUGAAUCCUGCAAGAAAGCAAAGAAAGAAUAGGUAUACAAAGUCUGUGUGUGUAUGUGUUUUUAGAUUUGUUUCUAAUAUAUGUCUGCAAGCUAGUCUCUUUGUUCUAUAAAUUCAAUCCUAAUUAAGAUGUAUGUGUGUUCGAUAAUUUUUACCUAAAAAUCAUUGCCUAUAUGCUGCAACUUUGUUUUGUCUUUUAGAGUUAAUCAUUGGGUUUUUUUUUUUUUUUUUCUUCAUAUAAAUGUGAAAAUUUAUGCACAGAAAAAGGUUAAUUUUGUAUUUGUAGACAAAGUCUAAAACUGUGUGUGUGUUGUGAUCUUUUCUGAUGACAAGUUUGUUAUAUAUAUCUGCAAGCUAGUCUUCUUUGUUUUAACAACUAAUUAAUCCUAAUUAAGAUAUAUAUGUGUUCUAUAUAUAAUUUUUACCAAAAAUCAUCGCCUAUAUAUAUGCUGGAGCUUUAUUGGGGCUUUUUAGGGUUAAUUAUUGAUUUUUUUUAUUUUUUUAUUUUUUCAUAUAAACUCGGAAAUUGAAGCACAGAAAAGGGUUUUAUUUGUAUAUCCUAUAACUGGGAAACAAGAUAUUGGAGUACUGGUGUUGGACAAUUAUGGGAAGGGGAAAGAUAGAUAUCAAGAGGAUUGAGAACAGCACUAGCAGGCAAGUCACCUUCUCCAAGCGUCGGGGAGGGCUACUAAAGAAGACUCAUGAGCUUUCUGUGUUGUGUGACGCCCAAAUCGGCCUCAUCAUCUUCUCAACCAAAGGGAAGCUGUUUGAGUAUUGCACCCAUCCACUGAGCAUGGGGGAAAUCAUAGAAAGGUACUUGAGGGUAACAGAAACUCGUAUCCCUGAGCGUGACAGCCGGGAGGAAAUAUUCAAAGAGAUGACAAAGAUGAGGAAGGAAACACAUCAUCUUGAGUUAAGUCUGCAAUGCUAUAAGGGAGAUUUGAGUUCUGUGAGGUAUAAUGAUCUGGAUGAACUUGAGCGACAGCUAGAACAGUCACUCAACAAGGUUCAAGCUCGAAAGUUCCAGCUCUUGCAGCAGCAGCUGGACAACCUUCAGAGGACGGAGAAAAUGCUGGAGAAGGAAAAUCAAGAUAUGUACCAUUGGUUGAUGAGCAAUCAUGUUCAGAAGCAACAAGCUGAAGAGCGGGAGAUUCAUCAGCACGCGAUGACGGAGCUGAAACUAGUGGGACAGCAGCAGCAUCAAGUGUUGGAUCAGUUUCCUUUCAAUGGAGAAGAGCAGCAGCCCAGUGGUGUGCUUCAGCUGCAGACUGAAAACCUCCCUUUUCAGCUCUACCCGUUUAGUCUCCAGCCUGCUCAGCCAAACCUUCAAGACCCCACUCUCCAUCCCCCUUCAGGCUAUGAUUCAACACCAGACGGUCCAGACAACUCUUCAGUCUUACCUUACGCGGCGCCUUCACCCUUCAGUCUCUCUCUCGGCCUCUCCACUUUCCUCUCUCUCUCUGAAAGACUGCCAGAUAACUCCUUUUUCUCAAAUCCACACCACACCAGCACACCUCGAGCGACCAAGAACACUACAGUUUACACUUCAAGCGAACCAGCAAAGAACACAAACCUUAAACAAUCGAAGUAA